CAUUUUCGUUGUUGUCAAGACUAAUUCAAGGCACUUCCAGGACUCGUCCUGCACCCGACACAUGUGCAUAGAGAUGGAGACCUCAGAAAACUCACAAGAACCAUCAACCUCCACAAGUGAGCCCCUGGAUCCGACAACGGACUCCGUCUACCGGUCAUUCUCAACCUACCCAUUCGACGCGGACCAAGAAUAUCAAUCCGGCCUGGCCGCCAUUCUAGGCCACCCAGAAACUCCUGCAACGCAUGAGGAGCUUAGAGACAAGUCCGCCCUCGUCCUGCAAGCGCAAUGCUUCUACUUUUCCAGAAAAUUCAACGUUCCAGCGAUAGAUACGAGCGCAUACUCGUCUUGGGUGCAAUCACAAUCUCAGCAGCCAGCUUCUCAACCACCGCCACAAACCGGAGAACCACUGUCCGCCGUUUUCCCCUCCACGACUGAGCUCUCAUCGACCACCUCUUCCGCCGCCCCGGCUGAACCACCCUAUCCGACCUCCUUCGCGCACAUAGUCGACCUCAUAACACGCAACAUCCCCGUUCCAGGUAUAGAGGAGAUACCCGACACUGUCCUCGAGCCUGGGACUAGUAAAAUAGACAAGACUCCGCGCCGCAAGAAACCCUGGGAAAAAGACUCCGAUACCGACCCCGGUCCCGCUACUCCUUUGGCUCUUGACCCUUCGGCGGAGGGUCAGACGCACGAGGACACACAUGCUGACGCCGGCACCAAAACCGACAACAUCGAUCUCAACGGGCAUAAAGAGACGGGCCAAGGUGUGGUGAAUAUUCUCAAACCGAACGCUGUGCCGGACAGUGGGCUUUUAGCUAAAGAUUGAAACACUGUCCCGACAAAGCCAAACAUUUUGACAGUCCCAACCAAAGUGCGGUAUUUGACACCCUCUGACUGCGAGAGAGGCCUCAGAUCGAACCCUCUGCUCGACAACGGCCCGCAGGCCAAGUUGUCGACGAACAUAACGAAAGCAUACACCGCGCCCCAUUAUACCUUCUGGGAGAUGUGAUCGGCCGCGAUCAUAUCGAUGUGGAGAACCUGAUUAGAGGCCCUUCCGUCAAGGAACCACGAGACCAUCACACAGCAUGGACCAUAGAUCCACCUCGGGUUCUUAUGCAACAUAGGCAUGUGUGACAAGGCUCUAGAAUUGCUGGACGCCGUAUAAAUGGACCAAUGUAGCAGUGCCCUUCGUCACCGACCACGUGUUGCUCCAGACCAUCGGCCCUGGAUGUCUUCGAAGCUUUUGACACUGGGAGAUUAUGACCCUUAGAGAUAGGCGACUGGUCUGUCCAAGGGGUUUAGGAUAUUGCCAAGAGGGUACGCAAUCGUGCUUAUAGGGAAAGCUCAUUCGAUGGAUAGCUAACCUUCCUAGUCAAGGUGGAACAUUUGUUCAGCUAUCAUGUGCAAUAUUUGCUACAUUCUCUUGAUCAUUCUGAUUCAUGCUGUGGCUAAAUAAAUUCCGAAGUUCCUGCUCUUCCGCCUCGCAGGACAAAGGUAAAGACAUGACUGGAUACAAUCCUGAUGAAUAUUGAACAAGAGUUCGGUAAUGCUGUAGCUGUGAAAUAUUCCUGCCAACAAGGAACGGUAACUCCAAUUUCAACACCCUCCACGCUCAUGCUGACCGUUCAGGAGGAUUUGUCGGCAAGAUAUGAAAUUUCAUGUCGAUAUGGAAAACACAUACGCUUGAAUCAUCUCGAUAGACUCGUUCGUUAAGGUAUGCGUUGAAAUGGAAAAGCCAAGAGUCCCAGCCAAAGAUGGACUGUGGAACUUCCGUGCAGGUCCUAAGCUCCAUGCUCUUCAGUCAGAAUACGUGCAGCUUGACAUGAGAUGACUCAUAAGUACAUGAGAUGGUCGACUUCAAGCAAGCGUGUAGGAUACCCGAGUCACGGUUCUCGUUCAGCGGAAUCGUGGCCACUGGCUGCGUGGCUGACCUGGAGCGCCAAAGGGGUUGACAACAGCACCAGGGCCUGGACGAGUGACAGAGUUUGGGUUGCAGCAGAGCAUGGCAACACGAGAUCCAAACUUGGAACCUCGCAGAGACACCAUAUGCUUGCGGAUAUGGAUGGCCACUUGUUCACGCUGAUGAUGAUGAGUAUUCAUCAGAAUCCACUGGAUCAAGUAGUUGCCGUACUGGUCGCCAGCAAUGUCGAUAAGAGGGAUGCGUGGACGAUCCGGAUGAGCAGUUGUGAUCACACCCAGAUAGCGAUCUAAGAAUUCCGAUCCUCCAAUCUUG